CUAAUCAUCUAAACCUGUCUAAAAAUAUAGGCACAAUCGGAAUGUGGACAAAAUCAGGACAAAGUACGGAUGUUAGAACCAGCCUCCCUUCAUCCAAUAUAAGAGGUCAAGUUGGUGUAUCCCCCCGUUGUUUCCCCUGUCAUGCAUCCCACCGCCCUCCUGUUGCUGCUGACCGGUGUUGUGAGGUCCACGACCACUGCUAUGAAGCGAGCAGGCAUCUUCCAGAGUGUCGUCCCGUCAUUGACUCCCCUUACAUCAAUCGGUACAGAUUCUCUUGCACGAAUGGGCAGGUCUCCUGUUCAGCCUCCAACCAUGUGUGCCAGGCCUCAGUGUGUGAGUGUGACCGUGUCGCCACCAACUGCUUCGCCCAGUCGACCUACAACCCUGAGAACAAGAACCUGGACCCCAAAGUUCACUGUCUCUCCUGAGCCAAGUCAAAUCUGGAAGCAGCACAAACAUCUGAAACUAAAUAGGUAUACACAACUGUAGAUUCACAGAAUGUUUAUGAAUGAAUUUUUUCUAACAAAACUGACAACCUGAUUAAAUUAUUGAAUGGC